UUUUACACGACUGAGCUGGCAAGGUGUUAGGCGCGCCCAAAAGGUUGAUAAUAAUUUCAUUGUGCAAGUAGAUUAUGGUUUAGUGCUGUCCAUACGUUAACUGAUGUAAGUGACUGCAUGUGAGUGACCCGAGUGGAUUUAAAGUGAAUCUAGUGAGAUACCUAUUUAUAUUCAGCAGAAGUUGAUUUUUUUUAAAGACUGUGGACAUUGUGAGUAACUACAAGAGUUGUGAGACAGAUAUAGGUUUAUUGACAAAAAACUGAGUCAUAAGUAGUCAUAACUUUUCAUUUUCAUUUUCAACUCAUAUCUUACAAAGAACAUUAGUACCAUGCAUUGGUCGUUAGUGCUUAUGGCUAUGGCCAUAGGCGGUGCGCGGGCGCAGUUGACAGCGCAGAGCAGCGUGGCGCCGGACCUCAGAGAGUGUUAUACGAACGCGACCCUCCUGAACCGGAACAACCUGCCUCCCACCACCGUCGCCGUGCUCAUCGACAUCAUCAGGAAGAUCGAAGACAGUCCUAAUGUGAAUGUAGACCUGCGGCAGCUUGCAGUUUCGCUGCUACACACCUACCGGCAAGACGGCAUCGAGUUCCACCAGCCCGACACGAGCCUGCCCUCGUCGGCCAACGUGCUCCCGUACGCGCCCACCUUCCACUCCUUCCACCGCCACCGGCUGCUGCUGGCGCGGCUCAUCCCCAACAACCUGCCUGUGUUUGCCAAUGACACUAUACCGGCGGUGCUGAAGUGCGCGCUGCACAAUAUGCUGUCGACGACGGUGGACGCGCGCGUGCGCAGCGACGAGGCGGCGUGCAACCAGCUGUCGCAGUACCGCGCGCAGAGGGUGCCCCGCGCCCUGAGGGCGUCCCGCGCCCGCGUGGACGGAGACGUCGAGAUACUGGACAAGUCUGCACUAGAAUCAGCAAACCGCAACGGCCACAUGCGCCAAUACAACCCGAACGACGACGUGGAAUACGCUCAAGUUUACGGAGCCAAGUCCGAGCGCCAAGUCCUGGGAGAGAGCACGUGCCCGGUGCUGGGCGGCGUGGUGCACUCGGCGUGGGGCGCCCUGUCCGCCGGCGCCGUCAUCGCGGGGGUCGCGGCUGGUGCUGAGAGCCAGCAGGUGCCCAUCUCCGAGCUCAGCCGGAGCGCGCUCACUGAUUAUAGCAACAUGCUCGUCACCAGCAUCUUUCCCGCCACUUUGUCAGGUGACCUCGCGGAGGCGGCCCUCAUCCAGGGCACGGAGCGCGGCAGCAGCGUGAUCUCCAUCGGCGCGGGCGGCGGCUGGAACAGCAGCCAGGCGCGCCGGCACUUCCUGCUUCAGACUCGGCUCAACCUCGAGAUGACCGACCCGGAGGUGCGAGGAGACAUCGACGGCUUCGUGCUCGGCUCCAUGUUGCCAAGGACGCUCAGCACGUAUGGCUCGCUGAAGCUUUCGCAGCUGCUGGACAUGUAUUACACUGCUAAGAACGGAGUGUUCGACGUGAACAUCCGAGCCUGCAACCGCAAGUUGACGGGCGCAGCCACCAACAUCCAGGAGUUGCAGCGGCAGACGCUGGCGUUCGCGGCCGCGCUGGACUCCAACAUGCCGCUGCGGGGCACCAUCACCGGCGGGCUCGAGAGCCUCGUCGACAACGCCGUCACCAACUACAGGACGCAUGUCGACAACAUGGCCGACGUCAACUGUGUAACUACAGAGCUAACAGCUGCGACAAUGAGAUCUAAGACAAACCUAUACAUAGUGUUGGACUCGGCCUGGCAGUACGAGACCAUAUACCCUGCAAUUUCGUACAUUUUGGACACCAUAGAAGUUGGUAAAUUCGGCUCCAGCGCAACGUUACUGAGCGCCUUCGACGGAAGCGUCGUCAUCAACAAGACAUUCUCCAUAGCCGACUUCCAUUCACACUACACCUUAUCGAGGCAUCAAUCAUUGCUUCUCGGAGUAAACCUACUGAAUACAUUCACAAACGUGCGUACCCUCAUGGCGAAUGAGUUGGAGGAGGAGAAGCGGCUGAACUACGUGGGGGGCAACUCCAGCGUGCUGCUGUUCCUGCUCAACUCCGGGAACCUGCAGAACAACGACCAGGUGCUGGAGCAGGCCAGGAAACUCAACGAGACUGUUCCCGAUCUGCGAGUGCUGUUUGCGACUUCCACUAAUCAAAUGGAUGUGUUGUGGAACCUGGUGCGCGACAUGCACAACGAUGUGCAGACCAUCCAGCUGCAGUCCAACGGGAUGAAUGUGGAGACUUCACUAGCAAGAGUCAUGGACAGGAUCAACCAAGCGGGAAGGCGUAUAGUGAACCCUGCUUGCGGCUCCCAGUGGACCGAGACGGGCCUGUCGGGGUCGCGGCACUUCGUGGACUACAUCGAGCCCGGCUACGUCAACUACUACUCCGUUAGCCCCAACUACUUCUUCCAGAACAAUGACAACAGGAAAGUGAGGAUCGUCCGCACCGGCGGCGGCGCCGGCACUUUCGUCAUUUGCCAAUCGCGAUCCGUUGCGCGGCCAAGAAUGAACGGCACCGACAGCGUGGACCAGUCAGCAGUCAAGUGCGAGCUGAUGCAGGGCGCCGGCGCGAGCGGCAGCUACGAGGUGUCCCUGCGCGGCGCCUGCGACGGACACUGGACCGUGGGCGCCUGCCCCAACUUCUACAUCUCCGUGGAGCUGCCGGCACAGAGCAACCCCACGACCACUGCCACUUGCACAGAAGCCGGUUGCCGGUUCCCAUACAACAGCAGGUACCAGGUGGAGAUCGAAGAGUUUGGCUGCUACAGCGGCGCCAGCACUGCUGGAGCCACGCUCAUGCUGCUGCUCACUUCAUUAGCUCUCCUGUUGAUGAGAUAGAUUAAAAAUAGCAGACGAAUCUUAGAAUCACUCCAGAAGGCUUAUUUAUGUAGAGCCACA